AUGGAGCACAGAGAAAUUUGCAAAAAAGCAAAAAUCGAUUAUAUGACUGAAGUGAAAUUGCAGAAUCGAGGUCUACUGAAAACAUUCGAAAUUCCGCCAGGAGCGUUGUUAACCUACUUACUACAUUUGGAGCAUCACUAUCGUGAUAAUCCCUAUCACAAUUUGGUGCACGGAGGUGAUGUGGCCCAAUCAACGAACGUGCUUAUCUCGUGUCCUUCUCUCACUGGUGUUUUUUCGGAACUGGAAGUAUUGGCCGCAUUAUUCGCAAGCGCAGUUCAUGAUGUUGAUCAUCCGGGUUUCACCAAUCAAUAUCUGAUCAAUUCAAGUGAGUUAUUGAAAACCAAAUAG